UCAGCGAAUAUCGUUGUAUGCCGUUUAAUUUACUUUAAUUUAUCAUGUCUUAUAUAACAUAUAACGUUUGCAUAUCACUUUAUUCGGUGCAUAUAGUUUUUUCUAUAUGUAUCAAUAAGACUACACUUAGGAUAACAUUAUUUUCAUAACUUAUGACCAAUAUAGACGUAUUUCAUUUCUGUUCAACAAAGACGAAUUUAUAACUCUUAUCCAGGGGAGCUUUACUGCUUCGGAAGUCGUCAAUGCUGGUACAAACUAUUGACUAUUAUUCAUUUUGAUAUUAAUUAAAAUAUGUUGAUAAUUAACUAAAAUAUGAUUUUCUGUUCUAGUACUCUCUGUACUUUGAUGAAUUUCAUUAUUGGCUGAUAGCAUCUACGGGCUUAUGGCUGCUGUUAGUGGCUGCUAGCUUCAGCCUGGUGAAAGAAUGCUAUAAGAUAUCAUCCACACAGUCAAUCUCCAUAGGGACCAAGUAAAGGCAAUGUAGGUAAAUAAACCAAGUCUUCUAAAAGCCUCAGACUCCAAGGAAGUUGUUCUGGGCAGCGUGGAAAUGAAGAUUAAUAAUGAAGAGGAAGAAAGGAAAGGUAAAAGAAACAGGGAAAAUGUCCUCCGAAAUAAUAAAAAAAGAAGAAAUACAUGUAAAGAGAAAUGACACUAGUACUAGACAUAGGGUCCCAUCUUAUGUUGCCCUCAGCUAAGGCAUCAGUGAAGUAUAAUGGCUUUAUGUUCCAAACCAGCACUUUUCCAAAGGAACAGAUUCGGACUAAUAUGCCAGGAUUGAUAUUGUAUGCUUUGUUUAAAUGAUGGAUUUUAAGAAUUGUGGCAGAACACCCCUGUCCACUGAUAAACUCGAACCAGCUAUUUUUAAAUGGUAGAAAUACCAGGCUUUUUGUAUAAAAAAAAAAAGACAAACACAAAAACCCCUUUAUUGGUUUUCCCUGAAGAAUUUACGAAAUAGUGGUAGUAUCCGACACAAUAUUUUUUUUACAACAACAUAGGCAAAGUUUUUUAGACAUAUUUUUUUAACUUCAUUUGUUGCACAACUUUAAUAAAAUUAAAUCCCUUCCCACCAAUCCAAAGGUUGUAAGAAGCUAUUAACUCAGGUCCAAACUAGACUCAGAGGCUUGUCUUACAAUAUUGUGGUUGCAUGCCUUAGUGUGCAAUUUCAGAGACAUGCAUAGACGUUUUCUCAACACAAUUAUCGUCUUUUGGCUUCGUAAAUGUUCCUAUUUCUGUAAUGUUAUCAGAUAGCGGAUUUUCACUGUCUCGAGCUGAUGAUUUAAAAUUUAUUUCCCAUAAAUUGAUCUUAAUGCAAAGUCCUUUGACAUUUUUAUUCUGUAAGAGGAAUCCCCGCUUUAUGCUGACUUCUAAAUAAUCAUCAAUGUGCAGGGAUUUAAAAUUGGCAUCGAGGCUAACUACCUUCAUAUGGUAUUAAGCCAUCUUGUACAUAAAAGAAUAAAUUAAGAUUUAAAAAAGCAUUCAAGUUGAUGUUAAAAAAGAAAUAUAAUCCAGUGUAAGAUUGGAAUUCCCGGUGACGUGUUCCAAAGCACUGGAUCACUGACUUGUUCAUCGAGGACUAUUGACAAAAAUUAUCAACAAAUUGCAUGUCGUUGUUUUAGUUCAUUAGAACAGAAGAAAAAGAUAUUUAAACUCCACGAAUGCAGAAAGCAGGGCACCUGAGGCUUCUAUGUGUGUUUUGACAGGGUGCAUGUCAGUUCUCACUUCCAACUCUUUGAUUCAGCGAUGAUCUUCUGACCCACCUUGUUCACUGUGACGAAAGCAUGAAGUUUUACAAUCGUGCAGUUUGGACAAAAAUCCAAGUUCUUGGAUUCCGUUACAAAAAGGUUUUCAUUCUAUUCUUUGGAAUAUAUAUCUUAUAUUGGGCCCAUGCUAUUUUGUUUAAAGAAGUGGACUAUAUAUUUGUCAAUGAAUACACGGACAAAAAAUGCGAGAUACCAAAUCUAGAUUCACAUGACAAGUCCAUCACAAGUUUUUUUCACCGCCUUAACCCCGUUAAAUGUGAGCAAUUGUCUGAUUUUGUAUUCAUAGACCACGAAGGGAUUUUGCAGAUUAACCAAAGCGCUAUUUCCGAUUCUGGACACCAGGGUGUUUCCUGUGCUUAUUCUAUUGUGAAACGGGUUGGUGACUAUGAUGUUCAAAAAGAAGCAGAAGUGAGCAUCGAAAAUUCCGCCUACAUUGGUGCAGAUUUUUUUCUUGUGGAAUGUAGAAAUAAAAAGAACGAACAAGUGUAUAAAAAAUUACACCACACAAUUGAUUAUAAAUCUCGAUUACAACAAUAUAAACUACUCAAUGAAUCCAAUGAACAUUUAAAUGUGUAUAUUUUUGGUAUUGAUUCGCUUUCUAGAUUAGCAGCACAAAGAACUAUCCCAAUAACGCUUCGGUAUAUCGAAGAAGAUAUGAGAGGCUUUAUCAUGAAAGGAUACACAAAAGUUGGAGUAAACACUUUUCCAAAUCUAAUUAGUUUAUUGACAGGAAAAGUUUGUUAUUCAAAAGAAUUACCGCCUUACGUUGAGCAACUUGAUCCGUAUCCGUUCUUAUGGAAUAACUUCAGUGACUCUGGCUAUGCUACUAUGUUUGCAGAAGACAUGCCAGAAAUGGGAUCAUUUUCCUAUUGGAAAGGCUUUAAAGAACAACCUUGUAUGCACUACUUGAGGCCAUUUUACUUGGCACUCAAAAAAUUUCAGUUGCCAGACAUUGAUUGGGGAUAUUUAGGGUGGGAAAAUAUCAACAUACGCCUUGGCAAGCAUUCAGCUUUGUGCAUAAAAAACACACCAAAGCACCAUUUCUACAUGAAUUAUUAUAAACAAUUUAUUGAAUUCUAUGGGAACAAACGCAAAUUUUCGUUAGGGUGGUUAAAUGAACUCACACAUGAGUUUGACAACAUCGUUCAGUUAGCCGAUCGUGACUUCAUGCUAUUUUUUAAAUGGAUGAAAGACUCGGGAAGACUUGAUAAUUCUCUUUUGAUAGUAAUGAGUGAUCAUGGUAUCAUGCGGAAAUCUAUUAAAAAUACGCUUGCUGGAAGAACUGAAAAUCGCAUGCCGUUAUUUGCCAUUGUAGUACCUCCGCAUAUAAAAGCCAAAUACCCUCACAUAUCUCGAAAUCUCGAAACAAACACAAAACGUUUGUCUACCGUUUAUGAUGCUCAUGAGACAUUAGUGGACAUCUUAGAAAGUAAUUUUCUUCGUAGUCAAACAGUCUUGAAUGAGAAUGAAAAGCUUCCACGUGGCAUCAGUUUCUUCCGAGAGAUUCCGGAAAAGAGGUCGUGUGACGAUGCAGCAAUUCCCGGUGAUUACUGUGUUUGUAAUUCUUACGAUCAAAUGGACGCCGGAAGUACAGUGUCAAAAGAUGUAGCUCAAUUCCUCGUGUCAUAUAUUAAUCAAGUAUUAUCAAAACAGGGAGACAAAUGUGCCAAAUUACAAAUUUCGCUUAUCAAAGACUUCUUUUUGGUAAAUUCGAAUCUCCAACGUCGUAAAGAAAAUGAAGAAUUCACUUUCAGGAACAUUUUUAGAUCUGAUACGGAGGACAAAAAGUUUUUGAGUGUGUUUGAGACCGUUCCAGGACAUGCGCUGUUUGAAGCUACAGUGAGGACAAACAAAAAGGGGUCAUAUGACGUCAUAGGGAGAGUCAAUAGAGUGAAUAAAUAUGGCAACCAAUCUUGGUGUAUUGAGAACAAAUUUGCAAAACCGUUAUGUUAUUGCACUUAGUAUUUAAUGCGUAACAUUCCUUUGUCUGGUUUUACUAAUAUAUGUGCCAUAGGGUUCUUUUCUACAUGAAAUUUAUAUUUUUAUAUCUUUCUAAUGAUCUGUAGUGAACAGAGAUAUAUUGGUUUUAUAUCUAUUAUAGCAUAUGAAACUAUUUAUAAAACACUUAUGUCCGUUUAACACAAUGCCCAUAACUGCAUUAAUCAAUUAUUUUUUUACAGAUUAUUUAUGAUGAUUCUUAGAAUAUUGCGCAAUACAACAACUGUAGAUAUGCUCAAUCCAAUAAUGUCAAAAUGCCAACUGUCGGAACAACUCCACUUCUAAUCUUGUAACCAGCCAUAUAUAUGAUAUACAUAUUUAUAUGAUUGUAUUCUGCUUUACCUUAAUUAGUCAUUAUCUUGCUGUGCACUCGAUACGAGAUAAAUGUAUAGUGAAAAAUGUUAAAGGUCAUUGACCGAAAAGGACAACUGACGUAGUUUGAAUUCGUGGUGUCAGCGGAAUGACCAAGAAGAGUAAAACUCUCGAUGAUGGUUGGACUUUGGAAAGCGGUCAACGGAUGCAAGACUCUAAUUAACCUUUAACAAUGAACUUCGUUGAUAAGUCACGUAUGAACUGUUACCCGAAAGGAUGUAUUAACAUAUGCUUAUGAUUAGAUUAAGAAAUUGUAGAUUGAUUUUAUACCACUAUUCGAUAAGUGCGCUAAAUAUAAUUACAUCAUAAAACUCCAACUGACUCAUGAUUUCAAAUAGUCUAUAGAACAACAGGUGAAGGAUCACUUUUUUUUUUGUAUGUAUUGAGUCCAAAAUUCUCUUAAUUGCUUUCCUUAAUCUAUACUAUGACAUAUUUUAUGCAGCUGAUUGAGAAUAAAUUGUUUCCUUUUUAUCUACUUUAACACGUUGUUGCAUCAUAAACCAAGAUGCCCGAUCCAAGUUAUCUGCCAGCGAUGCAUGAUGAACUCGUCCGUCACUCUCCGCCAUGACGUGAAUUUGUCAACUCCCGUUCUCGAUUACCACGUUCUGGCCAGUUCUAUUAAUAAAAACUAAAAUCGCACAUUCAAGAGACGAAUUGGAUCAUUUUUUUUAUUCAACAUCUGUCAAAUCAUAAUUUCAAAGUAUACUCUAAAU